GGAUAACCAUUACAAUAGAUAAAAGGCAUCAGCGAUCAACGAAGAGAAAGAGAACAAAAAAAAGAAGGCGCGAGGGAAAGGGAGGGAGAGAGGGAGGCAAUGUGGUGCUCGUCGUCGUCGGGGUCGGGGGAGGAGGACGAGGGCAUCGACGCCUAUCGGAAGGGUGGCUACCACGCUGUGCGGGUCGGCGACCCCUUCGGCGGCGGCCGCUACAUAGCCCAGCGCAAGCUCGGCUGGGGCCACUUCUCCACCGUGUGGCUCGCCUACGACACCCAACGCCAUAGUUUUGUUGCCCUCAAAAUUCAGAAAAGUGCAAAAGAGUAUGCUCAAGCUGCUCUCCAUGAAAUCGAGCUUCUUUCAGAGAUUGCGCAGGGAGAUCCAUCAAAUUCAAACUGCAUUGUGUGUCUACUGGACCACUUCAAGCAUGCUGGCCCAAAUGGGCAGCAUCUUUGUCUAGUAAUUGAAUUACUUGGAGACAGCUUGCUCCAGCUAAUCCGGUACAACCACAACAAAGGCAUUGGGUUGCAUAGAGUUAGAAAUAUAUGCAGAUCAAUCUUGAUGGGGCUUGAUUACUUGCAUGGAAAACUUGGUAUAAUUCACGCAGAUCUGAAACCAGAAAAUGUGCUCCUUAUCUCCACCAUUGAUCCUGCAAAAGACCCUGCACGAUCUGGAUUUACCCCGAUUCUUGAGAGACCCGAGGGGAACCCAAAUGGUGGGGUUGUGGUUAAUUACUAUGAGAAGAAGCUGAAGAUAAGGGCAAAGAGGGCAUUGUCAAAGCUCUCUCAAAGAAGAGGAUCCAUGGAAGGCCCUUUGGAGUGGGAGAGAAGUUUGGAUGGGAUAGAUUUGAGGUGCAAGAUUGUGGAUUUUGGAAAUGCUUGUUGGGCUGAUAACCAAAUUACUAAUGAUAUCCAGACAAGGCAGUAUAGGGCCCCUGAGGUUAUUCUUGGAGCUGGAUACUCUUUCUCAGUUGAUAUGUGGUCUUUUGCUUGUAUAGCUUUUGAGCUUGCUACUGGUGACAUGCUGUUUGCUCCUAAGGAAGGACAAGGGUUUAGUGAAGAUGAGGAUCACUUGGCUCUGAUGAUGGAACUUCUAGGAAAAAUGCCACGAAAGAUUGCUAUUGCAGGAUCUCGAUCAAAGGACUUCUUUGACAGAUAUGGGGGCCUGAAGAGGAUCCGUAGGCUGAAGUUCUGGCCACUGGAUCGGCUUCUUGCUGACAAAUACAAAUUCCCUGAGUCGGAUGCCCGUGAGUUUGCAGAAUUUUUGAACCCUCUUCUCGAUUUUGCUCCAGAGAAGCGACCAACAGCAGCGCAAUGUCUGCAACAUCCAUGGCUCAAUGAAGCAGAAUAAGCUGGUGUAUAAGUGGAAAGCAGAAUAAAACAAACUGCAGAUAAAAAAUGGACAGGUGAUAUUGAACAUGCCAGCUACCAAAACCACCCUCUGAAUAUAUGUGAUUUUCAUGAUUUUUUGCCGCAUAAGAUUUCAGUAAUUUCAUUUUAUUGAUUGAGUGUAAAAUAUUGAGGCCUGUAUGGACAAAGCAGCUCUAAGUCAAUUUUUAAGUUGUCUGAGUGAGAGUGACAUCCUUCAACAGCAUAAAGCGAUGUCUGGUAUGGAUGUAUCAACUAAAGAUUCAUAUUCUAUUGCAAAAGAGAAGUACAGUAUUAGAUUCAAGAUGUUUGAUUAAGGCCAUAGCA